UGCAGGAAGCUAGACCAUGUCGCAGUCUGCCGGGCUCCACGCGCCUCUCAUGUCGGUUGCACGACCCCGACGCCAUGCCCUGCACAGUUGGCAGCUACCAUGAAAAGAAACGCCCAAGACCUCCAUCUCAAGCUCCGAUUCCUGCUUCCCGGCUCUUUCUUUCAGCAUCUUACGCUCCGCUCCGUAACGUCUGAUCCAAAGUCGAGAUGCUAUCCCGGAUUUUCCUGGCUGUGGCAUUGGCGCAAGCUUCCGCCGCCCAGCCAGACGACUUUACCAAAUAUGUCCGAACCGAUACUGGUUCCGUCAAUGGGGGCAAUACGUUUCCCGGCGUGUCCUGGCCCCUAGGAAUGGUGAAGCUGGGCCCGGACCUCCACACCAGUUCCGACAGCUACUCGGGCUACCAGCCCAAUGGGGACUUCACUGGCUUCUCCAUGCUGCACGAAUCCGGCACGGGCGGUGCCCCCAAGUACGGAGUGGUAUCGCAGAUGCCCAUCGUUGGUGAUAUCGAAAACCCCCUGUCCAACAUGACCACUACUAGGGCCGCCUCGGACAUGACCGAGGUCGGCUAUUACCGCAGCACUCUGGCAUCUGGAGUUACCGUCGAGCUUGGGGGCACCCGCAAGUCCGGCUUUUACAAAUACACCUUUGCAGCGGCUGGAUCCAACAACGUGAUCGUCGAUGUUUCCCACGUGCUUCCCUCCUUUCGAGGCCAGGGUCUGGGCCAGCACUACCUCGGCGGGCGUAUCCAAGUUUCCCAGGACAAUUCUGGGCUUCCUUCUUACAGAGGAUACGGCAUAUACGAUAAUGGUUGGAACCGAGCCGGCCCAUGGCGCAUCUUCUUCUGCGGCCACUUUGACAAGAGGGCUACGUGGAAAACCUUCCUGAGCGAUGGAUUGACUGGCGACACUCUUGUAGAGUUUGGUAAUAUUGAUACCUACGAAUCCUCCACGGCCAGGCUGGGCGCAGUCUUUUCCUUUCCCGACUCGGAGGUCAGCUCCAGGGUCGGCGUCUCCUUCAUCUCUGAGGCUCAAGCCUGCGCCAACGUGCAGAGCCAAAUCCCUAAAGGGACUGAGCUUGGAACUCUUGUCAUCGCCACACGGAGCGCUUGGAACUCUGAAGUUCUCUCCAAGGUGACCACGACGGAUACCAACGACACCAUGAAGACCCAGCUUUACACCGCGCUAUACUUUAUGAACCUGCUGCCGACAAACAAGACUGGGGAAAAUCCUCUAUGGCAAUCGGACGAACCCUAUUACGACGAUAUUUUCACCUUUUGGGAUACGUUCCGGUGCACAACGUCUCUCCUGCACAUCCUCCAACCCACGGUCUACGAAGAGUUCAUCCGUUCUCUCAUCGAUGUCUGGCGACAUGAGGGGUAUGUAAGCGAUGCCAGGUCAUCCAACUGGAAUGGGGCUGUGCAAGGCGGCUCCAACAGCGACAACGUGCUGGCCGAUGCCUACGUCAAAGGUGUCCGCGGUGCCGUAAACUGGAGUGAUGGAUUUGAGGCAAUGCGCAAGAAUGCCGAAGUCACACCGGCCAAGACGGACGGCGACGGGCGUGAUCCUUCAGGGCAGGUUAAAGAGGGCCGCGGUGCGCUCCCAGACUGGAUGGAGCACGGUUUUAUCACGCCCCGCUACACCCGGUCUGUCAGCCGCGCCGUCGAGUACGCCGCCAACGACUUUGCGCUGUAUCAAGUCGCCUCGGGGCUUGGCCGCACCGCAGACGCAAACAAGUACCUUGGGCGUUCGCGCCAGUGGCGCAACCAAUGGAACCCCAACAUGACGGCGCUCGGGCACUCUGGGUUCCUCGGCCCGCGCUCUCUCGAUGGCUUCAUUGACCAGGACCCGGUCAGCUGCGGUGGCUGUUAUUGGGGCGACUACUACUACCAGGCGCUUCCCUGGGAAUACUCCUUCAACGCGCACCACGACGUUGCGACCAUUGUGGCCCUGGUUGGCGGGGCCGGUGCCUUCGUCGACCGGCUAGAGAAGCUCUUUACACCCGGUCUGUACGGCGGCAACGGGCAAUUCGGCAACACCAUGUUCAACCCGGGCAACGAGCCCAGCUUCGGGUCCCCGUAUCUGUACAACUUCGUCGGCCGCCAGUACCUCUCGGUGCGUCGCAGCCGUUUCGUCGCCAAGUCCUACUACAGCCCCACCCCGGCCGACCUGCCGGGCAACAGCGACGCCGGGGCAAUGGAGUCGUGGCUGCUGUGGAACAUGGUCGGUCUGUAUCCGCUCACGGGGCAGACGACGUUCCUUGUCGGGUCGCCCUGGUUCCGGGACCUGACCCUCAGCCUCGGAGGGGGCGCCGAGCUCCGCAUCACGGCGACGAGCGGCUCCGAGGCCGACUUUUACGUGCAGUCGCUCAAGGUCAACGGCGAGGAGUGGGACAAGCCCUGGGUUACAUGGUCGGACGUUUUCGCCCGCGGAGGGACCAUGCAGUUCGUCCUCGGCCCAAACCCAAAGGGGUGGGACACGGGGCCUGCCCCUCCAAGCCCCGCUAGCAACGACAGGCUGUCCGCCCAGAGGUAAUGAGGUGAGCAGCCAGGCUUGGCCAGGAGUCGAGAGAAGCUGGGAUGGGAGCCUGCAGAUAGUAAAUGAAAGCCCGUUUCAGCUUCUC